CUUUGCUCUCUGACAAGUCAGACGGCUCAGAAACGCUUCGUGACAAGGUUCAACAGGCAUGAAAGGAAAAAAAAAACAACUGCGGCGGGAGGACUGGGACUGGGACCCGGUGCCAGCCCUUCCCAGCCUCCACAGCUCCAGCAACAUCCUCCUCCUCCAAACCGCUGAUCCUGAAACAAGUUUUUAGCGCUGAGAUCCUGGGCUGGGGCUCUGAGGGGGAGCCGGGUGCCUCUCUGCUCUGAAGGCGUUUCGUGGAGAGCAGUUCCCCACUUUCUGCACGUUCCCAGUUUAACAGGCGUGCUGAGGGUUAAGUGUGGAGAAGUUCUUGGCUCCUGCCCUGAGCUGGGUUGUUUUUGUAACACAGUGGGACCUGCUGGCCAUCCCCUUCAGCAGCUGUCUCCAAAAUGCCAGGUCCCCAGGGCUCUCCAGGUGGGGGAAGAGAUCCCAGACUGCAGCUGGAAGCACCAAGAAGAGAUGUGGCCAAGGGCUGACACUGUGAGUAUGUCACCACGGGUCCAUGGGGCUGGCCAAGUGCCACCACUUCCCCAGUAAACUGCCAUCCUGUCACUGUCACCUGCUGGCAGCCAAGGACACCUUGGGAAAUCCAGUGGGGCUCGAUGCAAUGUGGGGGGGCAGCUGGCAGGCAGUCAGCAGUUUCCUGCACAAACUUUACAAUGGAAUUUACCAUGAGGUGAAAUUCCUGCUGAUCCCAAGAGUAAAAGCAUCCCUGUUAAUAGCCCAGUUACUUGGUGUUAAAGGAUUUCACCAGGUAGAUGCAGAUCUCUUUACAUCCCUACCAGCUGGCUUAUGGUGAGGAACACCCUCCUGCAAGGAAGCCCUGGGAGAACAUUUGUCCAGAAUGCCAAGAUUUAACACGACUUUUUUUCUCAAAGCUUGCUCAAAUUUCAGUUUCACCUGGUGAGACAGCAGAAAUCCAGAUUAGAGUCUUACUAAAAUAUCCUAUGACUCAAACCUGCUCAGAAAUCCCACUGCUAGGAUGCUCUGCUGAGAAAAAAAACAAACCCCAAGCCCUAAAGCUGGGGCUGAGCAAACUGCUGGACCCUGGGGGAGGAGACAUCAAGUGAGCUCUUGGCUGAAACCAAACCCCUCCAGACAGGCAGAACUCCCACAUAAAGCAACCAUAAUCUUCAUGAUCACAUCUCAUUUACCUGCAACUGUAGGAGAGGAGCCUUUCUAUGUAGGAUCACCCCAGUGUGACAGCCCUAGGCCUGGGAUUUACAGCAAUGGCAGGUGGCUUAUACCUGUAUUUCAAUUUAAAGAUUGUGAACUCAUCAUAAAAAUAAGUAGGAUCAGCCCAACCCCUGCACUUGUGUCUCAGCUGACCUUAAAUGCCAUAGAAUUGCCUGUUCUUCUGAUUCAUAUUCAUGCAUUGCCUAGAAAUGUAUUUACUUGCACACUUGUCUAAAGAAAGCCAGAAACAGUUUGGAGGGAUCGGGGAGAACUGGGGCUGCCCCACUCCCAGGGGGAUGGAGGAGAUGGGGAGCUCUUGCUGGAGGGGAACUAGACGAGGAAACCACCAAACUUAGAGAAUCCAGAGAAAAGAAAGCAAGCAGAAGUUUAGGAUUUGAAAAAGUGAAGCUGCUUUUGAGUUAUGAGGCAAAAGCAGCUUUUUUUGGUUGUGUUUGUUGUUUUUUUUUUCCUUCCUAAUAUAAUUUCCAAAUGGAAGUACAGAGUUGUUUGUUGUUUAGGUGUUGUUUUAGGGGGGGACGACGUUCAGUGUUACAAGACUCACAUUUUCUGUUAUACUCCAAACUCCACAAUUUGACGGCCGACUUCCAAGCCUGCUGCUAACCGGGGUACGAUCCCUAAGGGAAUUCCAGAACGGGAACUCGCACAGGCGAGGCUGAACAGCCGCUGUUCGACUGUCACGGCGGUGGGAAACGCAGGUUUUUGAGCAGAACCGGCUGCCCUCGCCAGGAGAAGAGGAAAAGUGCAGCAGGUCCAACGGUUGCGUGGCCGGUGCCGGGGGCUGCGGCCGCCGUUUCUCUCCCUCUGUCCCCUCAAAACAACGAUCCCGACCCCCAGCAGAGGGUGGGGGGUUGCUCAGUCCCGGGUCGGGGAUGGGGAAGGGCUGGUUGGGACACGGAGCUGCUCUGUGAGUGCCGUCCAGGGGCCGGGAGCCGCGCUUCGGCUGCCAGCCGGGGUGGGGAGGGGACUCCAGGGAAUUUUGGGGGUUAAAGAGUGAUUUUUCUGUGCUUUGUGGAUGCUGGUUAGCAGGAGGCAAGCGAAGCGAGACGCCUGGAGCUUUCCAAGCCCACCCCGGAGCUCAGCCUGUCCCCGGGAUGGGGAUACAAGCGGGAUUUGUAAAGGUGUUUUCUUGUGUGCUGGCUGUAGAAGGUAUGCCAGAAGAUGCCUCCUGCCUGCUCUGUGCAACUCCACAGUUCCUCCUGUUGAGGAACAGGUUGGCUCUGGUUGCAGAGUCCACCAGGGCUGGCAGGUCCUCACUGGCCCUGUUUGAAGGAAGGCAGUUGUAAGGCUGAAUACAGCUGUGAUGCACAUCUGUUUGAUGAAGGAGGGAUCACUUUUUCAUAGUCACUUUCCAACAUUAGGUGGAUUAAAAAGUAAGAAAAAAUAUGAGAGAAGUAGUAAGUGCAGAUGAUUUUUUUCAAGUUCAGAAAGUUCUGAAGAAGAAGAAGAAGAGAAAACAGAGAGAAUAUCACCAGGAGCAUGAAAAUGGUGAAGGAGAAAGUGAAGAAAAUGCAGAGCUUGGCUGUGCUUCUCCUCUGCUGUUUGAUGAGAGAGCAGCACAGAGGGUUGAAGGCUUGAAAAAGAAGAAGAAACACAAAACCAAGGGGCAGAAGAAGCAGUCUUUGUUAGAUCAUUUUUAUGCAGGAGAGGAAACUGAAAUUAGUGAUGAAACUGGUGUGGGUGUUGCCAGAAAGAAAAAAAAGAAACCUAAGUGCAGUGAGAACACAGAUGAUCAGAGUGAGGAACCUGGUGUCCCAGAACAUCAGCAAAGUGAUGAGAGUUGUCUGGAGGUGGAUUGUGUUUAUUUCAAACAAUCUGCUAAGAAGAAAAGAAAAGCUAAAUGGCCUGAAAAUGAUGAGGAACAUGAGCUGCCUGCCUCAGAAACAGGUGAUAAAAAUGACCUUCAACGACCAAAAAAGAAGAGGAGGAGGAAGAAAAGAGGCAGCAGUAGCCAAGAGGUGCAGGAAGACACAGAUGUGACUGUUGCUGAGUUACUGGUGUCAUCUCCAGAGCAGAGCAGGCAAAAGGAAGACCCAGCCUUGGCCUCACCUGCAGAAGAGGGAGGUGCUGCCUCAUCCCAGCGAUGGCAAGAAGAUGGUGACACUGAUGAUUUUCUUGUCAUCAGUGAAGACUCCGUGGAUGGUCCUGCUCAUUUUUCCAAGCCAACUAAAGCAGCUGAUGGAUCUCAUCAGAAAACUCCAGCACGUGCCAGGAAGCCAACCAAAAGCAGUGUUUUGGUCAUGGAAGGAAGCUCUUCAGAAUGUGAAGUAAUGAUAUCAGAACCCUUGGCAUCAGAGGAAAGGAAGGACCAGAAUAGUUCCUUUACUGAAAUGGCAGACUCUGAUGAGCUUACUGUGGGUGAUGAUGAGAUCCUGAACUCUACUGUCUGUUCAGCCACGGGUUUGGAUACUGCCAGACAAGAAUUGGAAGAGUUUAUUCCUCAUGUGAGGAAUAUAUCAGACAGUUCAAUCAGGAAGAUGGCUGGGAGAGACUUAAUGAGGUUUAAAGAGUUUAAAAAACAAGGUGUUGCUGUCAAGUUUGGCAGAUUCUCCCAGAAGGAAAAUGAUCAAAUCCGGAAAAAUGUGGAAGAUUUCUUAUCCAUUACUGGAAUAGACAGUGCUGAGAAACUCCUGUUCACCUCCAGGUACCCAGAAGAUAAAGAAGCCAUCAACCGCCUGAAAGCAGAACACCUAUUUUGUGAAAAGCUUUCUGAGGGAAUACCACGGCCCUGGAGGCUGAUCUAUUACAGAGCAAGGAAGAUGUUUGACCCAAACAAUUAUAAAGGGAGGUACACAAAGGAAGAAAAAGAAAAGUUAAAAAAGUAUCAUGCUCUGCAUGGCAAUGAUUGGAAGAAGAUUGCUGAGAUGAUGUCCCGUUCUAACCUCUCAGUUGCUAUGAAAUACUCUGAAAUCAAGUCAGCUAUUAAUUAUGGUCCUUGGUCAAGGGAGGAGACCCAGAAGUUGAUGCAUGCAGUGGAGGAGGUGAUCAGGAAAAGGCUGGAAGGGGAAGAAUCCAAUUCCCUGUCAUCAUCAGGCAAAUCCAAUAGGGAUCUCUCCAUUGACCGUGAGAAACUGUGCCAGACACUGCCCUGGACUGAGAUUGAAGCUAAAGUGGGAACUCGAUACUGGAGACAAUGUAAACAGAAAUGGACUACCAUUUUAACAAACAAGAUGACCAAAGGGCAGCAGGUGUACAGGGGGACCAAAGGAUUACAGGCCAAGAUCAAUCUUAUCAAAAGGUUGUAUGAAAUGAAAGUGGAAGAUGCUAAUGAAGUAAACUGGGAAGAACUCAGUAAUAUUAUCGGAGAUGUCCCUAGAGCCUAUGUUCAAGCAAAAUUUUAUAAGCUAAAAGUCUCCUGUGUCCCUUUUUGGCAAAAAAAGACUUUUUCUGAAAUCAUCGAUUAUCUUUUUGAAGAGAAACUUCCAGAAUUUGAAGAAAUGUUAGAAAAAAGGAAACAGAAGCAGUUUAGUUCUGACAAGUUAACAGCCAGUCAACAGAGAACAACUUUCCAACUCAGUGACAUUUUUGAUUCCAGUGAAGACAGUGAUUAAUUGACUGCCUUAAAAACAAUUCCUGGUCUUCAUAUUUAACUGCAGAAUGGAUCUGGUUGAAUGUAGGCACAGAUCAGCAGCUGCAGGUACACAGGCUAUCUAGAAAUGGAAAAAGCAAAGAUACUCAUACCUGAGUCUCUUGUUUCAUACUGAAGACUGAGGUAAAUACAAUUUUUGUGCCAAUUUUUUUUUUUUUUUAACCUUAAUUUAGCUCUGGUUUAAGAUACCUUUUAAAGCAUCUAAGUUGCUUUCUGAAUGUCUCAAAAAUAUUUUUUUUCCACUGCUUUGUUUUCUGUGGAGUUGAAAGCUGCUGUUUACCCUUUGUGUUGGAACUUUUUUUUUUUUAGAACUUUAAUGAAUUUAAAAUUAUUUAAAAGAAAUAAAUUCAUGGAUUUGAGAAAACACUUUCAAUUUGCUUUUAAAUCUCUAUAAUGAAAAAAACCUUAAGGUAUCUGUGAUGAUGGAAACAGCACAACUUUGAGUUGUGGUUUUUUUAAUGUAUCAUCUUAAAAACAUCUGUUAUUUUUGUUGUAGACUUAUACUUUUAUCCACCCUUCUAGGGAAAAGGGUUUUUUGUCCCUUACAAUUCAUAAAUUGUAAUGUCAUUUCAUGCUAACCAGAGCAAUUAUGUUGUAUUUGGAAUACAGAGAUAAACUGGGCAGUGUGUAUAUAUACACAUAGAUAUAUUUUUAUUGUGCCAAGGAGAAUUUCUACAUUUUAAUAAGCUGAGGGAUAAGGUGGAGGUUUGUACUCAAGUCAUUGUAUGGUAUUUUUAACUGUCUGUCUAGAAGGAUUAUUUGUAAAUUGACCAAGUAAAUGUAAAAAAAACCAAAACAAACAAGAAACAACCACAAAACUUACUGUUUGUGUAAAGUAUUUUUAUGGCUUGUUUAUAUUUCUUACCUGCUGUAUUAGAAAAUGAUGCAAGAAGACUUGGUUUCUGACAUACUGCUUUUUGAUGGUCAUUUUGAUACGGGAGAAUUUCCUUCGUUGUAAUGAUGGUCACUGAAAAUGGAGAACCUCUUGUGGCAUGAAAUAAAGGCCUGGCUGGAGGUUCA